GCCCUCCACGCAGCUCAAACUCGCUCAAGUCUCUCCUCUUUCGGAUGCUUUCGGGCUGCUUCGUCGAUUUUCUCACCAAAUCUUUUAUUUUUGCCCUCAGUUCGGAGAGAACUGAACCGGUCUCCGUCUGGUCGAACUUUCUCCGAUUCGGAACCGAGAAAAUGACGAAUUUUAACAAGGGACCAGCUUACGGUCUGUCUGCUGAAGUGAAAAGCAAAAUUGCUCAAAAGUAUGAUCUUCAAAAAGAGGAGGAGCUUCGCUUCUGGAUUGAAGAGGUGACUGGAAUGUCAAUUGGAGAGAACUUCCAGAAAGGUCUGAAGGAUGGCGUCAUCCUCUGCGAACUCAUCAAUAAGCUGCAGCCUGGUUUAGUGAAGAAAAUCAACCAUUCACAGCUGAACUGGCACAAGCUGGAAAACCUUGGAAAUUUCAUCAAAGCAAUCCUGACAUAUGGCCUUAAGCCCAGUGACAUCUUUGAGGCCAACGACCUGUUUGAAAACGGGAACAUGACUCAAGUACAGACCACUCUUCUCGCAUUGGCCAGCAUGGCAAAGACCAAAGGAAUCGACAGCAAGAUUGAUAUUGGAGUAAAAUAUGCAGACAAACAAACUCGACAUUUUGAUGUAGAGAAGAUCAAGGCUGGACAGUGCGUCAUAGGACUCCAGAUGGGAACAAACAAAUGUGCCAGUCAGGCUGGAAUGACGGCGUAUGGAACCAGAAGACAUCUGUAUGAUCCAAAGACUCAGACGGACAAACCCCACGACCAAACCACCAUCAGUCUGCAGAUGGGGACCAACAAAGGAGCAAGCCAGGCGGGCAUGGCAGCUCCAGGGACCCGCAGGGAUAUUUUUGACCAGAAAGUGGCGCUGCAGCCUCUGGACAACUCCACCAUUUCUCUUCAGAUGGGCACCAACAAGGUGGCUUCCCAGAGGGGCAUGAGCGUCUACGGCUUGGGCAGACAAGUCUACGAUCCCAAGUACUGCGCCCCCCCAACCGAGCCAGUUGUUCACACCAACGGAAGCCAGGGGACCGGCACCAACGGCUCUGAAAUUAGCGACAGUGAAUAUCAGGCUGACUUACAUGAGGAAGAGUACCACGGGAGCUACCAUCAUGACUACAACUCACAUUACAAUGAUCAGGACUAUUAGCAGAGGCCUCACCUCUUCAGCAGUAUUAAUCUAUUUUUAGCUACUUUGAAGGAACAAGACUCGUGCUUCUCUCUAUAGUACUUUUAAUCUCUUUAAGUAUUAAAUUCUCUUUUUCCUCUUUCAGCCUGGAGGCUUUUGUAUCAAAGGUAAGAAGUCGUAGUCAUGUAGGACUUGUUUUAUUGAUGAGAAGUCUUAUAAAUAUCCACUUAAAAAUACAGGAGGAAGACGAUUGAUCAAGUGUUGAGUGGGGGUACGAUUCUGGUGUUUUUAUUUUACUGAUCGGUUUAUAGCUGUUUCCUGUGAAGGCCUCAAAUCUCUGAUUUAUUGCUCAUUUGCCUCUUGCAGCUUUUGUUCGAUUUACAUAUCUGAAAUCUUGACUUUGGUUUGAAAUGGCAUCCAAACCAGGCUGUUACUAUCAGACUUCCUAGAACUUCCUUUUUGCCUCCUAAGCCCUAACUGUAUUUAUUGCAUUUACUCUUUUGUAUGACAUUCCAUUGUCUUGUGAUAAAGAAUCAAGGUAUUAUGUCUCCAAUAAAGUCUUAUAUUCUCAGACA